GCGGCGCGCGGCGCGUACUCACUGGAGCGCCGCGCCCCGAGCAGCCCGCGCAGAGCCGACCGGCUAGUGUUUGGGACAUAGCUGUUUACUGACCACAUAAAUAACAUUGCACCAGUGCUAGUGAAUUCUUGUGCGCGAUACACUGUUAAACCGAUACAAUGGAGGUGCUCCAGCGGCUAGUGGCCGGCUACCACGACCUGAUGGACAACCAGAGCGACCAGCGGGUGCGGGACUGGCCGCUCAUGUCGUCGCCGCUGCCCACGCUCGCCAUUUGUCUCACAUACGUCUUCACUGUCAAAGUUCUAGGACCAAAGUUAAUGGAGAACCGAAAGCCGUUUGAACUGAAGAAUGUGCUCAUAUGGUAUAACCUGUUCCAAGUUAUAUUUAGCAUCUGGCUAUUCCAUGAGAGCAUAGUGAGUGGGUGGUUCUCUACCUACAGUUUCCGAUGCCAGCCCGUGGACUACUCGAGAUCACCGCUCGCCAUGCGGACGGCCAACGGUUGCUGGUGGUAUUACAUAUCCAAGUUCACGGAGUUCUUCGACACUAUCUUCUUCGUGAUGCGUAAGAAGUACGACCACGUGUCGAAGCUGCACGUGAUCCACCACGGCAUCAUGCCCAUGUCCGUCUGGUUCGGAGUCAAGUUCACGCCAGGUGGUCACUCGACGUUCUUCGGCAUGCUGAACACCUUCGUGCAUAUCCUCAUGUAUUCGUACUACCUGCUGGCCGCCAUGGGCCCGCAGGUCCAGAAGUACCUGUGGUGGAAGAAGUACCUCACCGCUAUUCAGAUGGUGCAAUUCGUGCUGGUGUUCCUGCACGCGUUCCAGCUGCUGUUCACGGACUGCGACUACCCGCGCGCCUUCGUCUGGUGGAUCGGCAUGCACGCCGUGCUCUUCUACUACCUGUUCUCAGACUUCUACAAGCAGGCCUACUUGAAGAAGGCUCAGAAGGCAAAAGCGCGAGUGAAGGCCGCCGCAGAAGAGAAGGAGCGGUUGGAGCGACAGGAGAUCAGGUCGGAGCCCAAGGAGAUGAAACUACCCCUGCUCAAUGGCUUCGGCAACGGCUCGGCGCUGGGUGACGUGCGGCAACGAGUCGCCGGCGCCGUCGCCACGCAGUGAUGCCGCCAUCUUGCUGCGACCGGGAUCUUAUUGAAUGUGCACGUGGACCAUAAAGUCAGGAAACUGUUGCAUGAUAGUGCCAAUGACGUCACAAGGCAAUUUGCUGUUUCUGGUCGUGUCUGCUAAGGUUUGGAGGUUGGGUGGACAGGUUCCACCAGAGCUCUCCAAGACCUUGAGGACGACUGUAGAGACAGACUGGCCACAUUAAUCAUGAUCCAUGUCACACGUAGCUAGUACCCAUGAGCGCAAGAGUGCAUGUGUAGUGAGUCGCCCUGUGGGAUGACGGACGAAAAUACAAAACAAGGACAAUAAACCUCGAUUCUCAAUGGAGAGUGAAGCUCAAUUCUUAGAUGUAGAUUUAAUUUAAUUAUAUUUAAGUUGGUGUUAAUUUAUUUAGGGACCUCGUGCCCAGAUUUGGGGUGGUGUUCUGUGUUGCUAGCUUUAUUAGACGUUGUAUCGAGUAUUGGUAAACUUGGCAACGCGGCCAUGCUGUGAAGGGGCGCUUGGUCAGUAUGGUAAAUCAUAAUGUUGAGUUAGUUGGGUAGGUCGUAGACUGAGGUGAAUGUCUUUUAAAUGUGCCGUUGGAAUUUAAUAUUUUAUGCAUAUUUGCGAAUGCAGUUACAUCGUAAUUUCAGUAAAUAGAUAGGUACAGUCAACAGCAAAAGUUCAUGAUGAAACAGAAAAUUUUAAUAAUGCUGGACGAAAGGUAUGAGAUAUUAUGUAUUGUAAAUGGUGUAGUUUUACUACCAACCUCUAUGUUCUUUAUUUUUGUUAAAUUUUUAAAUAUUUGUCUUUGGUCAUCAACUUUAGCUGUUGACUGUUUCUAAUCCAAGAAUAGCUUUUUAUACCAAAAUUUAUUAUGUAACAAUGCAGUGACUUUAUAAGAAUUGUACUUAGCUGGAUUUUAUUGUAAAUUGAAAUAAUAUUAAGUGUGAUAUUAUAUUCAGGAUGAAAACCCCAUAAAUAUAUUACAUCAAUGACUAAAGACCGAUCAAGAUACUAUCCAGAAUAAUAAUUGAAUUUAAAAUGACAUUUCAAUCAUCUUAAAUAUUAGAUAGGAACUUACUUAAAUUAUUUAUUACUUCCAAAGCAAGAAUUGAAAUAUGUCUUAAUGAACUGAAUAAAAUUAAAUAUUUCCAAUCUAAAAUUCCCAAAUACAAUUCAAAUUCAAUAUUUCGUCUAUUCUACCUUACUAGUAUGAGACUAAUACCUAAUUUUGAUAAGUGAAUACUUACCCAAGUUCAAUUAUUGUUAUUUUGUAAAUAUUAUGGUAAGUUCUUUUACAUAAUGCAACCAUUAAAAAGUUGUGAUAGAUAAAUAAAAGUUAAAGCUAUAA